GCACGAAUUCGGCAUUCUAAGAUUUAUUGCCUCUAAAACCCUGGCCUCAUUUUUUAUACUCGCAUUGCAUCGUAGCAUUUGGAAUAGGAGGUAUUGGAUUUAAACUGUGGCUGCUGUUCAAGUAGAUGAGUUCUGUUUCACACCAGAAGUCAACUGUAUAUAAAGAAAGACAAGAAGACCAAAUAUCACCAUGUCGUUCCCUUUCAACAAUCUAAAAGAUCUGGAACAGCUCGCCAUAAAGGCAGGUGGUUGUGAGUACAUCCGAUUUUCCUUUACGGACUUUAACGGAAUAUCCCGAUCAAAGAUUAUCCCGAGACGUCAUUUCGCCAAGUUUUCCCGUGUUGGUAUGGGAAUGUACGCUGGAACCAUGGCUGCGAAUCCUUUGAGCGAGGUCCCCGCAAUACCAAGAGUAAUGGAGCUUGGUCACCCUGACGCAAUCCUCGUACCCCAACCAGGAACAUUCCACGAGUUGCCAUGGGCGGCCAACGGCAAGUACAAAAUGGGCGAAGUGUUAUGUGAGACGUACUGGAAUGAAAAUUCCCCACAAGAGGCUUGCCCAAGAGCAGUUGCCGGGCGCCAGGUGGCGCGCCUUCGGGAAUUAGGUUAUAAGAUAAUGGCGGCAAGCGAGAUCGAGUGUCAAAUGCUGGAUGAAGCGACACUAGAGCCAGUAUUUCCUGGGCAAGAUGCAUUUGUGAGCAAUGUUAUGGCCAACUUUGAGGAAUUGCUAUGUGAUAUUGAUUCGCAACUGCAUAGCAUAGGGAUGGAUACGGAGACAUUUCAAACAGAAUACGGGCCUGGAAUGUUCGAAAUCACAAUGAACCCAGUUUAUGACAUGGACUUCGCAGACAAUUGUUUCAUUAUAAAGCAGGGUAUAAAAGAGAUUUGCCAAAACAAGAAGAUCAUAGCCACGUUUAUGUCGGCUCCAUUUGAACAUUAUAAACAACACCCGGACUUCCAUGCCUUUAUUGGCGCUCAUUUCAACCAUUCCGUGUGGGACAUCGGUACGGGGAAGAAUAUAUUCUACGAUGGCACUAAAGCUAACCGUUUGUCUGAUAUCGCGAACUAUUGGAUAGCAGGUAUAUUGGCCCACGCUCCUGCUUUGACUGCACUACAGUGCCCAACGGUUAACUGCUCCAGACGUAUGGGUCAAUCAUGGUGUCCUGAUAAAUCAAACUGGGGUAUAGGUAGCCGAGAGAGCAUGUUACGAGUAAAGAACGCAAGUGAGUCCGGGACUUACAUCGAAAACAGACUGCCCUCCGGUGCAGCUAACCCCUACCUUAUUCUCGCCAGUACAAUCGCGGCCGGGAUUGAUGGGAUUAAAAACAAAAUCCAACUCCCCAAAGAAGCAGACCCUGACGGUCCUGCACUUCCAAGAUCUUUAGAUGAAUCCCUGAAAAUACUGCAUGAAGAUACAGUAAUAUGCGAGGCUUUUGGGCAAGAAUUUAUUGAAUGGUUCACCAUAGUUAAGCGAGACACAGAAUUGGCAAACUUAAAGGAGGGAGACCCUAGUCCUGAAGCACGCGAAGCUGAGAGACAAAUGUAUCUAAGACUAAUUUAGAAUAUACUGCGCAUAUAGAGUUGGUUAAAGGCCCUCACGUAAAGUUUGUGAAACUAAACUUUACAUAGGGCCUUUAGAAGGUACUUGACAAAUGACAUGCCAGAGAACAGUAAAUCAUAUAAGCUUCACCAGUAUUAUAUUAGACUAGACUCAACAAAAUGCACAAAUAAUCAUCAUCAUUUAAAGUUUGUUGAAAGUGUCUUUAAACCGACGCUCGCAUAGGGUAACAUAACAACUAGAUGUAAAUCUAGUCAUCUCGCGGUGCUUUGAUAUAAUUGAGCUUUCUCAGGACCACUCCUAUGAAGCUGAUGAACAUGAAAUAACUAGUUGUCAGCCCAAGAAAAUACUUUAAUAGUGAUAAUCAAAUAUAAUGUAAAACAAUACUUUCAGUUAGAUGUAAAGUUAGAGAAAGGGAAAAGUGGGACGAGAUUAAACACUUAUCAUAACAUCUCUUAUGGACAUACUCUUGUGAAUUUUCUGUUUAAUUGUAUAAUAUACUCCAAAAAAUCUGCAUAAAAUGUAGAAAAUAGCAAGUCAAUAUUAUGAUGUAUUUCGGAUGGUGCUCUUGGCAGAAAUAAUCUGAAACUUAUUGUACCACUAUUCUAUAAAAUCGUGUUUAAUUGCACGGAAUAUCUACUGUAAUGAAAUAAAUUUUGAAUGUAUGUUUUAGGUUUUUUAGCUUUAAGAUUGACGUUAUUCUUCUUAAAAUACAAACAAAUUACGUGAUCAUCGCUUACACAUUUUGAAUUGUUUCUUCAACAUUGUUGAUGUAAAUGGUACCAAUUAAAUGUUUUAUAUGAAAUGGCAUAUAUUAAAAUGAUGGUAGUUUUUCUAA